AUGAUAAAAGCCACGCUGCCACCACGUGCUCCACGAUCUUUUCGAACAAAACCAGAAGGCAAAAACAAAUUGUCAGAAUCAUUUGGCUUGAGCCACGUUUCAAUAGCAGAAAAUAAUUCAGGAUUAAAAGUUGACAAAAAUAAACUAAGGUCAUUUGUUUUCUUCUGGAGGCUACGAACGUUAGCCAGGGCGAAACAAAGGUCUUCAGCUGCUGAUGAGUUGUUUAAAGUCACACACAAUUUAGACUUUCCAAUUCGAUGUGCUCUUACAAUCUGGGGUUUUACAGGAAGGUGGUUUUCACAAAUUGACGAAACCAUAUCUUUGCCAUUACCUCCUUGUACGAGUUCAAGCCCUGAAAUGAUGACAUUCUUUGAGCGUUGCUCCUCAUCUAUUCGUUCUUCAGUUCAAAAAGCCCUUGUCAUGGUUUCAAGCAUGAAGCUGGCCCAGUGUGGACAAAGUAGCAUGAAGCUGGCUCAUUGA